CUAGUGUCUAUGUAAAAUCAAUAAUACACAAGUAAAAAUACUGAGUGGAAUAUUUGAGUUGAAUUUAAUAAAAGUGAGGGAGGGCUAAUAGAUAUAAUCAUCAACUUUUAGCUUUAAUGAAAUGGGCUAAAAUAUUAGGCCCAUCAGUGAAUAUCCAAUGGGCUGAAAUGAAAUGAUGAUCAAGUUUCGACUCCGGAUCUAAUCGAAAGCCAUUGAUCGAUUUUGAGCAAUCUCUCCCAUCCAUGGCGGAAGAAGAGUAUGCUUCUCGUUCUCACAUUCGAACAUGUGUGUAAUCUUAUGAUCUGAUUCUACUUUUUUACUGGGUUUUCUCGCAGUUCCGUUGGUGAGGGUUAUGCUGAAAUCGUUGUUGUACGUCAUGGAGAAACAUCUUGGAAUGCCGAGAGAAAGAUCCAGGUAAUAUGAUUGAAUCUUGAUUGGAGAUCUAGUAAGAAUCUGGUUGAAUUGGGUUCUGUUGUGUUGUUACAGGGUCAUUUGGAUGUUGAACUAAACGAUGCAGGAAGACAACAAGCAGAAAAAGUAUGCGACUUUUUGUCUUUUGAUUGUUGAUGUAAUGAUGAUGAUGAUGAUGCCUUUUGAAAUUUUUUAAGGUUGCUCAACGGUUAUCAAAGGAGCCUAAGGUAUCUUAUGUCUACUCUUCUGACUUGAAGAGAGCCUUUGAGACUGCUCAGAUUAUUGCUGCUAAAUGCCGCAACCUUGAGGUAUUAUAACCUCACUUCCUUUUGAUGAAUCUCUUCCUAAAGUCUCCACCUUUAUGUUCUCUUUUUUUUUGGUUGUUAGUAUAUUAUUCCAAGUUGGGUCCUUAGACUAUCUCCAAUGGUUUACUUACGGAACUCUAUAAUAGAGUUGGAUGUUGCUCCAACGGUACUCUAUUUUAGACUGAAAAAUAGAGUGAUUAACAAAAAAAUAAAAAAAGUUACCCUAUAUAUAGAGUAAAAAAAUAGGUUUACACUAUUACAGAGCAGAAAAUAGAGUAGCAUUGAAGCAUUUUUACUCUAAACUCUAUUCUAGGGGGGAAAAUAGAGUGGGGUUGGAGAUGCCCUUAGAACUUCGUAUAGAAGUUUCAAAUGUGUGUAAAUUGUUAUGUAGGUACUUACUGAUCCUGAUUUGCGGGAGAGACAUUUAGGGGAUAUGCAAGGUCUUGUGUAUCAAGAAGCUUCCAAACUUCGUCCAGAAGCUUACAAAGCCUUCUCAUCUAACCGCACUGACGUUGAUAUUCCAGGUGGAGGAGAAAGUCUCGACAAGCUUUACGACAGAUGUACAUCUGCAUUGCAGAGAAUCGGCGACAAACAUCAAGGUGAGAGAGUGGUGGUAGUGACUCAUGGAGGUGUGAUUCGAUCUCUCUACGAAAGAGCUCGUCCAAGUGCACGAAAAGUUGAAAAGAUUCUCAACACUUCGGUCAACGUGUUCCGUUUAUUCGACGGUGACAAAUGGACAAUCCAAGUUUGGGGAGAUGUGUCUCAUUUGGACCAAACCGGUUUCUUGCAAUCCGGUUUUGGUGGUGACAGAACCUCUGGUUAAGAUUCAUAUACUCUUUUCCACAGAUUUUCUGUGAUUUAAGUUUGACUCCGUUACUUUCUUCUUUCGUAAUUUGACCCCAUAACUUUGGGGUUAUCCCGAUUUAUCCUGUAAUUGGGAUGAUUGAUAAACUAGUUGCUAUUAAUUGAACGUGAUGCAUCUGCUAAGCUAUAAAAAUUAUAAUAUAUCAUCAUUUUCUAGUUAAGAAAUCAUUUUAGUUUUCAAUCAAUUUGGACUUCUGGCCAUUAUAGAAAAUUAUGCUUAGCAGAAUAUUACUCCCUCCGUUCUGUUUUAUAAGUCGUUUAACAAAACUUCACAUGGAUUAAGGCAGUUAAUACAAUGUCUAUUUUGUCCUUAAAAUAACGUAUCCACUUAUUUGAAAUUACUACUCCCAAUCUCAUUAAUUAGUCAAAUGUUACUAAUCCCAAUUUAUGCUAGUCUCGGCCAUUAAACACCAUCAUAAUUUCACAUAAAUAUAUAAAUGCUCAAUAUUCCUUUAGUCAACUAUAUAUGUUGAUUUGAGAACAUACCGGUAAAUAAGAUUUGUAAAACUUUUAACAAAUUAUGGAGCCAAAACAAAAAUUUAACAUCGAGCCAAAACAAUAAGUUCAAAAACUACAUUGGAGCCAAACUUAAAACAAAUUAUGCGUAUAUAUUGAUCGAAAGACAAGUCAAAUGAAUCACAAAUGCACUCAUGAGUUCUAAUUUUGAUCUAAAUCUUCCAUUCAUAGUUAAUGAAUCUGAGUUUUUGUUUGAUCUGAACCAAACUCCAAUAGAUGAAGACGUCGACGUAUUCCAUAAUGAAGAUGACGAUGUGGCAAUGGUUACUGAUCAAGUGGACUCCAACAGUUUUUCUUCUGAGGAAGAUCCAGGUAUUUUUCUUUCGUACAUGGAUUUAUUCUCACAUUUUUUUUGUUCUAAUUAUUGCACACUUGCCUUCGUUUUGCUUUUAACUGUUAUGUUUGCAAUAUCUCUAUGCACAUGUCUAAUUUGUUUCAUGCAUGUUUAUUUUGAUAUAUUUUUAUUUUUUGAUCGAAUUAUUUAAAUUUUUUAUACAAUCACAAGUUUGAAACAAUAAGUCAACAAAAAUGGAUGUUUGUUUUUUUCUUUAUUUGUAUACAUGCAUUUGGUUAUAAAUUAUACCAUCAAAUCAAAUUUGACUUUUGUUUCGAUUUACAUAUGUGUGUGUCGUAUUUCUAAUGAUUAAUUUAACAAUUUUUAUUAUUUAUAUUAAUAUGCAGAAAUAGAUGAUCAAGUAGAACUUCAAAACAAAAAAAAAGGAAGUUUACCUCAAAUGCAGAAAGAUUGGAUAUUUAUAAUGUUCUACUGGAGAGAAGUCAAAAUGGGGGUACUACCAAGGUUUACUACUCAAGAAGUUGCAGAUUUAUUUUUGGUGUCAAUCCGCACAGUACAACGGAUUUGGAAACAAGCAAAAGAAACUCCAAACGGUGAAGAGCUUAGUGUAUCCCACAAAAAAACAGCACAUUGUGGUCGUAAGAAAAUCCCUCUUGAUUUGAAUCAAGUUAUGGCUACUCCACUUCACAAGAGAACGUCACUUCGAUCAUUUUCAAUGGCUUUGGGUAUUGCUCCUUCAACAUUGCAUAGGCGUGUCAAAGAAGGUACGAUUCGACGCCAUACUAAUGCAAUUAAACCAAGUUCAAGCGAUGCGAAUAAGACGGAAAGGUUGAAGUUUUGUUUGUCCAUGUUAGAAAAUGAAUCUUUGGCUCAUGAACCAAAAUUCAUCAAUAUGUACAAUAUUGUACAUAUUGAUGAAAAAUGGUUUUAUAUGACAAAGAAAAUGGAAAAAUAUUAUUUACUUCCCGAAGAAGACGUGCCACAUCGUACCUGUCAAAGCAAAAACUAUAUUACGAAGGUUAUGUUCUUAGCGGCGAUGGCUCGACCUAGAUUUGACGAGGAAGGAAAUGAGACAUUUUCUGGAAAAAUAGGAGUGUUUCCUUUUGUGACCCUCCAACCAGCUAUAAGACGAAGCAAAAACAGAGAUGCUGGAACGUUAGAGCUAAAAGCAUCAAACUCCAUGAAGAGAGAAGAUAUAAGAGCAUGUUUGAUUGAAAAAGUCAUUCCGGUAAUCCAUGAAAAAUGGCCAGCUGAAGAUCAGGGUAAAACUAUUUUCAUUCAACAAGACAAUGCAAGGACGCAUGUUGGGAGUGGUGAUAAACAAUUUCAAGAAGCUGCGUGCAAAAACGGGUUUAACAUACGUCUGAUGUGUCAACCAGCAAACUCUCCAGAUCUAAACAUUUUAGAUCUUGGCUUUUUUGCUGCUAUCCAGUCACUACAAUAUCAGACUUGUCCGAAGACUGUCGAAGAUCUUGUUCAUGCCGUAGAAGAAUCAUUCAAUGAAUAUCCUACAGAAAGGAUAAAUUAUAUUUUCUUGACCCUUCAGACAUGCAUGAAAGAGAUUAUGAAAGUGGGAGGAAAAAACACAUAUAAAAUCCCGCAUAUGAAAAAAGCAACUCUUGAUAGAGAAAAUCGUCUUCCUCUCCAAAUAAGCUGCGAUGUUGCACUGGUCCAAAGUGUAAUAGAGAUGCUAGCAUCAUCUUCAUAAAUUCGGGAUUCUUGUUGGGGUUUUUUUAUUUAUUUAGAAUUUUGUGGAUUUAUUUAUUUGUGGUUUUUAUUUUAAAUGGAAUAAGAAUUGUUUUUGUGUUUAUUUUAUUAUUUGUAUUUAAGUAAAUUCUUUUCACGUGUUAAUGUUAAUCAAAUAUCACUACACUCUUAGAUUAAACUAACCAAUCCCUAUUUCUUUGUUGACAGUCACAUAUAUAACGCCAAUAUAAUAUACUGCUCAUGUUAGGUUCAUAGAUUCGUUGCAUGUUCUUUAAUUUCAUUUUAACAAACAAAGUAUUGAUUGGUUGGAAGAAAAUAUCAAACUAAAACGAUAAAUUACUACUAACAAUAUCUACAAAAAAUAUUUAUCAAAAGUAAUCAAAGAUGGAAUAGAUCUUAAAUUUAACAUGAUCAUUUUUAAAAAACAUCUUCUGUUACUAAAAUUCGAUAAAUAUUACUUGUAUGAGGAAAUGAAUAAGAAAAACAUUGAAAUGUGAAAUCAUAAAUAUAGUUUCACAGACUUAUUAUCAUGAAAUAACCUGCAGUGAUACAAUAAGAUCACAUCUGAAUUUAAAAAGAGUGCGGGAAAUAAAUCUUCAGCAUUUCAAUUAUAACUUCUUCGGUUGCUUUGUCAGGGUGAAGUUCUCCUUCAUCAUAGAAAAACAAUUUAUUCAAAUCAAAAUCACGGCUCACACGGUAACAAAUCUUGUAAACUGGUAGAUCAUCUUCAUCUUUGGUCUCUGCUUUUUCUUUGGUUUCUUCAUUCUUCAUUUUCUUAGUGAAAGUAUCGAAAAAAGACAAGUGGAUCAUAUAGUGGAAGAUGCUGAGACUUUAUAGUUACUAAAUUUAGAUUAUUAAAUUUUCAAUUGACUGAAAAUUGCAUGUCUUGUAAAACGUGGAUUGCUCUGAAACUUGAAAUGAUUGACUGGAAAAUAAUUUUAAAAUCAAAGGGUAGAUAAAGUAAAAAAUGAUCAAAUGUUACAUAGAAGUUUGGAAACGACUAUUAUUGUGAUACAAAACAAAAUCCCUAAAACGACUUAAAAAACAAAACGGAGGGAGUAGAUGAUUAGCUGAUUUGUUUGCAGUGAACCCCGAUCAACUAGACAGACUAAUUAAGGAUAAUUGCAAUAACAAAUAACGUCUUACAAAUCAGCUAUAUAAGUAUUUUUCUUUCUGCAACAGAGAAAUACGGUUGAAGAUUAAAAUUGUUCUACAAAAGUAUAUGUGUGUGACAUUGAAUACUGAAAAAUAAUCAAUAUUGGAAAUGACGUUUAGGUUCUGAAGGGGGACCAAAUCGUGGUGUUCCAAGUAUCACUGCUUUUGAGAAUAUAAACAUUAAACAUUAAGUGUUUGCUAACUUGACUGAACAAUAGCUACCCUUCAAUUAAAACAUUGGGAUCAUUGGCCCCAAAGAUCCUUUAAUUUAGGCGUCACUGCUACCAUAUGCCCCAAAGCUCUCUCAGGGGGU